AGUUUUCAUUUUUUAAAUAUUUUAUUAUUAAUUAACAUGAUUAUUCAAAUUAUUCAGUACAAUUAUUUAUCUAAACUUUCCUUGCUAUGUAAAGUUCAAAUUAGUCAUUAUCUGAACUCUCGAUUGUUAGGCUUCGAGUACAUUCUCUAAUCUUGAAUAAACAGUUUAAUCAAUGAAAUUUUUUAUUCUCUAUUGUAAUCUUGUUUAUUUUCAGAGCCCGGGUAAUGUUCCUAGAUUGACACCACGCGUAAAUCAAUUGAGACAAGAGGAAUGCGUGGACGUUGCUGGCCGAGAAGCGGCACACGAAAAAGAAAUACACAGUGCCAUGCAAAUAUCGCAAUCAUGGGAGGAUCUUACUUUGGAAGCAGAAGGAUUAUCGUUUAAAGACUCGGAGUCUCCCACGCAACAGCUUAACAAAAUGGAACGGCCGAAGAGGCCAUUAGAUCCUCUAAGUUUAAAUUUGUCCAUCACUGGCCCACCAAUGUGUUCUUCACUUUCGCCCACGAGGUCUGGAUUUAAUCAAAGACAAUGUUAUUCUCCCAGCAUGCAUAUUUGGAAGAAUAACUUGUCUCCGAGUCCUACGAGAAAGGCAUUCGCUACAAGGCGCAGCUUGAGUCCUAUCGCGAUCAGGCCAAGUUGCUUGGGGCCGGUCAAAAGAAAGUUUGAAAUCGAUGAGGCCACAAUGGAUCACAAUUUGCAACCACCUGUAAAACGUACUCCUGGUUUAUUGACAUCAGUUACAUCCAGAUUGGAUGCACUGUCCAGCCCGCUUCCAGGAACUAUUAGUUCCGUCGGCACGCCCGAGUCGUUAUCGAGCGCGGAUUCACCUAGCUUCUCCUUCCGACCGGUGGACAGUCCGUCACCGGUACGUGUCGCGCCAAAUAGUGACAGCGAUUCUCUGUCGGAUGCGAGCAAUCAAAGCAAAUCGAUGGAUCAAACCAGUCAGGAUAAUCACAGAUGAACACGAGAGACCGUCGUUGGACGCGGGAGAGCUUAGAGAUUCUAUGUGUCAUACACUGAUCUUUCUCGGCUUAUCGAUAUAGAAGAGGUAGUAUCUGUGUCACGGUGUCUUACACCGAAAGUCGGUAUAUCCUUUUAGUCGGUCUCGUCGUUCGGUGACAAAAGAGAACGUGAUGGAUCCUUUGGAACUUUAGUGCAGGCAUAACGUAACGAUUAGAAGAUAAGACGGGCAUCUCUAACACGUUUCUUCGAUACACGAAUAAACGUAACGCCAACCAAGUGUUCUCCUUCCCUUGAUUAUGCUAAUCACACAUAUCGGCAGACUACGUGCCCCAAUCGUAUCGUUCCAUUAGAUUUAUUGCAGAGUGAAAUAUUCAUAUCCUCUGACUGGAAUGUACUUUUUUUUUU